AAACUUCCUGAUAAAACUUCGACAGUACAAAUACUUCAAGUAGGCAACCAAGGAAUCUGAUCGUAAAUUAUGUUAUUGAUGAUCAAGAAUGAAGGAACUAAAGGAUUAUACUGUGUACAAGUGAAAUAGUAUCUUUGAAAAGUUAUUUUUAUUGCAUUAACAUUAUCACUGAAUCAGUUGGCAAGGGCGACAACUGAUGGGUAACCACCACACACAUCAUGACGAUAAAGCCAAGCCUAACCCAGAAUCUCACGGUGGCAGCGCCCCAUCCAGGUCUUCAAUAUUUGGAUCAAGCACAAAGUUAAACUCAGCCUGUCUCAUCAAGCUCUUCCAGAAACUUGAGUUGACAGCCGAUGAACAGAAUCGACAUCCAGGGGAGCUGAGUCGAGCUACUUUUGAGAAUGCCUUUCAUGGGCCACUUUACAAGUUUGGGAAGCUGCUGUACACACAGAUGGUUAGACAGGCAUCUAGUGGUGACAGAGAAAGAAUCACAAAAGAACAGUUCACCAAGGCUGGCAAGGAACUACUUAAACUUUAUGAUGAAUCCUCACAGCUUCGAUACUACUUUAAACUUUUUGCCAGUGGAAAGGAUCACCUCACUAAGGAAGAUGCCCUACAGAUGAUCGCUGUGUCCUAUGCCCUGACCCUGUCAGCUUCCAUGAUUCCAUACUCUACAGGCAGCACAGAUGACUCGAUUUUUGAGGGGGUGGUACAAGGAAUGUUUGGUAUAAAUGAGAGGGUGACUUUUGAUGAAUUCACCUCCUGGUCAAAGAAGAAUAGUCCUCAUUUGUUCUGUGGGGUACACAACUGGGUGUAUCAGAUCCUCACUGGGUCGAAGAUGCCUUCGGAAUUGGAGACUGCCAAAGUUCCGCAGCUGGAGCGUUUUGUGGAGGAUAAAUACGUGAUGAGUAUGGGACUUCUGUGGAUGCUGACCACAGUUAUACCACAGUCCUACACCCACAAUCAGGAGGAAAAGGAGAAAAAAGAGAAACAGAAAACCAGCGAAAAGAACCCUCUUCUCAACUCAUUCCACCUCAUCAAGAGACUGGCUCAGCUGACACGCUGUCAGAGCUGGACUUUGUUGUAUGACAGCAGAGAACAUGGCCUAUCUCAUAACAGAUUUCACCACCACAUUUCAUCAUAUCAUGGUCCGACCAUUACACUGAUUUCAUUUGAGGGAAGGAACACAUACUGUCUGGCUCUGGACAAACCUUGGAGAGAGGGAGCCAGUCGGUUUGGAGGAGAGGAUACCAUGUUGAUCCAAGUAUCUCCAAUAUUUCGAGUAAUGCAAAAAAAUGGUCCCCUUGCAACUUGGAAUGAGUAUUCACGAGACCUACGUAAGGGAAUUUAUAUGGGUAAAGAAGGCAAAUCUUUGGUGCUAUUUAUUCCUGCAGAUUUUGACUCUGUGGAACACUAUGGAGUGAACUGUGCUCUCCACAAAAUAGAGAUGUGGGGGUGUGGACCCUCGUGUAUACGUGAGGAACAAGUCAAACAGAAGCAGUGGGAGAAAAAGGAAGCAGAUAAACAUUCUGCAAGAAAGCUUCAUCUUGAUGUUGGUAAAUGGGAGGAAAACCCAGACAAACAGAUCUUACAUUGGGGAGGAAUCAAUGUGGAGCACCAGUUUACCAGGGACAGCGGCUUCUAGGGGAAAUAACUUCAUCCCAGCAUUCCAUGCUAUAAGAAAACCAACAAAACAGAAAAUAUUAGACGUGCCCUUCACAGCUAGCUGACUUAUAUAUGAUUGUUUAGUCUACAGUUAUUAAGAGUAAAGGCUUACAGGCACUUUCUUAAAUACUGCUAAUAUGGUAUAUUGUAUGUGUACAGUUAUUAAGAGUAAAGGCUUACAGGCACUUUCUUAAAUACUGCUAAUAUGGUAUCCUGUAUGUGUACUUAAAAAAGCGAGCUUCAUAUUUUAGCGGCUUUGGUGCAGACAAUAAUGCACUAAUUCCUGAAUACCAUUAAUAAGUCUUAUAAAUACUAUAUACGGCGCGGACGAGUUUAGCACUAAUUCAUUAUUACGCCAACCACUCAAUACCCAGUGAUUUCGCUAAAUUUUGAAUACAUCAAUUUAUGUACACGUACAGUAUGUUGAAAUAUCGUAGAUAUGUUUAUAGAAUAAAUCUGUUUUUUUUUUUUAUAUUUUUAAAAUGUGAUUUCUGGUGUUAAAGGCAGCCAAAUGAUUAUUGGAUAGAAAGAUUUUUAAGGAUGAAUUAGUUAUUCUGUUUUCCUAUCUGUGUUACAUCUGUUAAUGUCAUUUACACAUGUAUAUGAUAUAAGAUACUAUAUUUUUUGUUUAUUGUAUUCUAAUAUAAAAAAGCAAAUACAUGUACCAGUAAAUAAUAUUUUUCUGAAAAAUCAGAAUCUCAUUAAUAUUGACAUUCCAAUCUGCUUUUUUGUAUAUGUUAUACACCUAUCUGUGUUACAUCUUAUAAUGUCAUGUACACAUGUAUAUGAUAUACAAUACAUGUGCUAUGCACAUUUUGUUUCCUAAAAACAGCAACAAUUUUAGGGUGAAACUAAGCGCCAUAAAAUAUUUACCAUUUGUAUCAUGUACUGUUCCAAAGGAGAAGUGACAAUCUUACGUUUGCUCCUAAUUUCUGUACAUGUAUACAGAUUGUAAUUUAAGUGUGUAAAGUAGAAAUGCUGUGCACAGUGAGAAGAUAAAAUUGCUCCAUUUUUGUAUUGGUGCCAUAUACUAAUAUUACUGAAUGGAAAUACAUGUACCAUGGAGUGCUGGAUGAAUUACAGGAUUUAUUUUCUUAAUUAGUACAUUGAUGAAUAUUGCACAUGUAAAUUCAAUAGGAAGCUUAAAUAACACAGAAAUCUAGUCUUAUAAAGAGCUGUGUUCAUAUGAUUCAUGUCAUUACUGAAUUAUAAUUACAUAGGUGCUGUGCUGUUAAGAUAAUUUAUAUACAUUUUACAACUGUUAGUCAAAGUUAAGAUUCCUGUACAUCUGUAUGUAAAGUUGAAGCAUUUUUAAAAUCUAAAUCCAGCAUCAAUUUUUACAAAGACCACCAAAUGGAGAGAAAAUCUUUCAUAUACAAAUGUACAUUAUACUCGUUACUUGUUAGCAUGUUAAAACUGGUGCUGUUUAAUUUCAUGAGAAAUAAUUGGCAAUUUGGCUUUAUUUAUGCUGAAGAUGAUUGUUUGUUAGUUUGCAAUGCUAUAAAGUGCAACCGGGAAGUUUUCCGUGGAUUGAGAUUCAUAAAUAUUUACAAGAGAUAUCACUAUUAUUCUGAUUGCUAAUUCCGUUCCUCCAUGGAGAGUGGUUCCAAGUCCAAUUAAUAUGACACAGCAGUAAAGUCAGCAGAAAAUUUUCCAAGCAAAGACAAAUGCCUGUUCUGUAUUGUCCGCAUCUAAAAGUUGAAACUUUUAGAUGGACCUAAUGCAACUAGAAUUUUAAGGAGUGGUUUUGAUCCUCGAAUAUAAAAAAUGCUGUCAGUAAGGUGUUGCAUUCUCUAAUUUAAAAAAAAAAAUUAGAGUUCUAGAUGAUGAUAAUUGACCUAUGUAUCUUUGAUUUCAUAUAUUUAUGUCGUACAUUGAUGGACCUGUUCAUGAGUUUGUUUGUUUAGAUUUCUUUGACUCUUGUGUAAUUUCAACUCAAGAAAUGACUAUCUGUAUGAAUCAAGUUAGUGGAAGCUAUAAUCAUCUUCUGUGAUUUAGACUUGAGUAAUGGAUUCUGUGUGAAGUUUAGUAGUACAUGUUAACGUUUUUGGUGCAAGUAUUAGAUUAAUGAAAUCCAUAUUCAAUUUGAUUAAACACUAAUAAAAUGGAGAUAAAAAUAUGUGUAGUAGCAUGCUAUUUUGAUAGGUAUUCUGUGUUUUUGUCUACAGCAAGAUUGUCUUCCAAUGAAAUAACAUAAAUUAAGUUUAAAUGUUUCAAUGAUGAAAGAGAGAUUUAUGAAAAAUUAAAAGUACAUGUAUUCUGUUUGUAUAUUGCUAGUCUGUGGGAUUUUGCAUACCUUUUUGUAUGUACUAUAAAGAUUAUGCAGUGAAAUUAGGAAUGAUAAUAAUACUGCAAGAUUAUUAAAUUAUUGCUGAAAAGACUAGUAAUUUUCAGGACAAUAAAAGCUUUGUAAAUGAA